GUGCAUGACGACAUUUAAACGCGACGGUAUGGAGGCUGAACGCGACGACGCUGUAAACAUGGAGGUUUUCGUCGUUUCUCCGUCUCUAAGAUUUAUUAACUGUAAUGUUCCACACGAAUCGACUGUCAGCGACCUGAUCGGGCUUUUCAGCCCCGGAGAGGCCAUCUCCUCUGUGGAUUUCUACGUGAAGAACAAUGGCCGAAUAUCAUAUGGUGAUGAGAGACUGCAAGCUGGAGCGAUUUAUCGACUCGAGCCUCGUUUAUGUGGUGGAAAAGGAGGUUUCGGCUCCAUGCUGCGAGCUCUCGGGGCGCAGAUCGAGAAAACCACCAAUCGAGAAGCCUGCAGGGAUCUGAGUGGGCGGAGACUUCGAGAUGUCAAUCACGAAAAAGAAAUGGCAGAGUGGCUAAAGAAGCAGGCUGACCGUGAUGCAGAGAAGGAGCAGCGGCGUCUGGAGAGGAUUCAGAGGAAGCUAGCUGAGCCCAAACACCAUUUCACCGACUCCGAGUACGAGCAGCAGUGUCACGACCUCUCCGAGAGGCUGGAGGACUCUGUGCUCAAAGGCAUGCAGGCUUCCUCCAGUGGAGUGGUCCAGGCAGUCGAAAAGCCGCAUCGCAAACGCCCGGCUAAAAAAGACAGCACCACGUCUUCAAAGAAGAAAUGUUUCUGGACCGGCCUCGAGGACCUUGAGAAAAUGGACAGCUCGGAUGGAGACAGUGAUGAGAGCGAGGCCGAAGCUUCUUCCUCUUCCUCUUCCGCUUAUUCUUCCGGUGCUGGUCCUUCCUGCAGCUCUCAGCCAGCCGCAGUACCCACAACAGCAACUAGGGAGCAGGAGAAAGUCGAGUCUCAGGACCAGUCCUGCAGCAGCAGUAGUAGCAACAGCAGUUCCAACGCAGGCUCAGCUCCCUGCUCGCCGUCUUCCAGCCAGGAGAAAGCAGAAGAGAAAGAGGAACAUGGAAAGCCCGAGGAGACAGAAACAGAAGAGAGCAAAAAGAAUGUCAGCGAUCAACAGGAAGCUGAGGACACAAUUGUCGAGACUAAAGACACACAGCCAGUUCAGCCAGAGGACACUGAGACUCCGUUAGACCUGCUGUCUGUGAGCGGGGUGGAGGAGCUGGAGGCUCUGGGUCUGGAGAGGUUGAAGGCUGAGCUGAUGAAGCGUGGGAUGAAGUGUGGAGGGAUGCUGCAAGAGCGUGCUGCUCGCCUCUAUUCCGUCAGAGGACUGACUGCUGAUCAGAUUGACCUGGCUCUCUUAGCCAAACCCAGCAAGGGCAAGAAAAAAUAACCAGGACAUCCCCACCCCCCCUUCUUUUUUUUAUUUACUCUUUUUAAUCAAUUUUGAUUCUGUAAAAUGAAAUUUCACUGUCAUUUCCUAGCUUGCAUUAAGGCAGAAUGCAAAGGAGCCUUUUGGACUGUUAAUGUUGUUCGGUGCCUUUUUAAAGAACGUUCUAAGUAUUUACUUUAAAGUUUCAUCCAAAAGAGAAUCAUUUAUACAUUCAAGAGAAA